GGGCCAUCAGUCGCACCGGUCCGCCGCGCCGGCGUGGUGGGAACCGCCUUCCCACCGCGGUUCUUUUUACAUCAUCUACUUGUUGGAGAUGCUGUAAUCGACUCGCUAAAAUCCGCAAACCUCGAGCGGCAUCUAGGGCGUAGCUCCCGCCUCCUGUGAUGGACCAGCGAAUCGGGUUCCCCCGUUCUACGGCGACGAAGCGGCCACGCGGUCUCGAUGCUCCUCCUCCGCCGGCUAUCGCAAAACUACUACGUUCUUCCUUCAUAAGACAUGAGCCACUCUCGGAGAGAUUUGGGGGCGAGUUUUCCGCGUUCACCCAAUUUGGAUCCGAGUCCACCGAUCCGGACACCCUGGUCUCUCGUCGAGUGAAUUGAGAUUCGGGGUCGUGGUUGGAGGUUGUUUUGGCAGUGUGGAUUACUGGUGUUUUGUGUGAUUAUGGGUGAGGCGCCGAACAGGCGGCACGUCGCCCAUCCGACUGGGAUUCGUCAUUUCUCCCAUCCCCUCUCAGAUGAUGGUAUGAUGCUGCUGCUGUUUGAGACGCCCUCUGGCUUUGCAAUUUUCAGUUUUCGUGCAUCGGUCAUCGAAGAACCAAAUGCCCUGGAGAAAAUAUGGACGCACUUCAUUCUGAAUGGGACGGCAAAGAGUAAAAUAACCUGCGUGUGUGAUCCAACUGUGAUGGAGUUAAUGUGGGGCAUACAGAUUCGCAUGCCAAGUUUGGUGCCUAAAGAAACAUCAGGUCCGACUGAAGAUGACCACCUCCCGAUGAGUCAAGGACUGAGAAAAGUGUUGAGAGAUUAUGGUUGUGAUUAUGUCAACCCCGAGAUGCUCGAUCAGCCAAUUCUUUUAACGGCUUGUGCUUUGUUUGAGUGUGAUUCUCUUGAGGACGAGAAAUCUGAAGAAUUGAGCCAUUUAGCUAAACUAAUUAAGGUGGUGUCUGGCAUCAACACCGAGGGUUGGGACUCACUGAAAAUUGCAACAGCUCUGAAGAAGAUAUGGUGCCCUGAAGAAGCUGCCAAUUCUUGUGAGAUCAUUUCAGAAGGCGAUGUAUCAAGGUUGGUGAAUGAUGCAGAUAAAUAUAAAGUUAAGCUGGAAAAGGAUGCUUGCUUGGAACUUUCUAGAGAAAUCAUGAAAUCUCGUGGUGUUCGGGCAUCGAAAGAAAAAGUACUGCAAAAAUAUGCUGAGCAGGCCAAGAAAGCAUAUGAAGCACAGAAGCUUAUUAACCAUUAAUGGGCUCACAGCUGCUGAAAGUGUUUCAGCUAGUUAACUUGUCCUUAUUCUGAAACGCAUGCUGAUCUUGGUUGACUUUAUUUGUAUCUUUUUAAGCUACUCUCAGCCUGAACAUGGCCGGCAGGACUCUACUCUGACAUUGUAUCGUUUGGCUAUCUUGUUCGAUUGGCUACUAAAAUUACAUGUCGCCUUUUUUUCA